CCCCUCCCGCGCCUGCGCAGUGCCGGCGGCAGCGAUGGCGGCCGGGGGCGCGAGGCCCGGUGUGGUGCUGGGCGCCAUGGAGCUGGGGCGGCGGGCGGCGCCUGAGGCGAGCGCGGCGCUGCUGGGAGCCUUCGUGCGGCGGGGCCACCGCCUGCUGGACACCGCGCACAUGUACGCGGGCGGCGAGUCCGAGCGCAUCCUGGGCUCGCUGCUGGCCUCCGGCGAGCACUCGGUGGAAGUCGCCACCAAGGCCAAUCCCUGGGACGGGAAGACGUUGAGGCCCGAGAGCGUGCGGUCACAGCUGGACGAGUCCCUGCAGAGGCUGAAAAGGACGAGCGUGGAGCUCUUCUACCUCCACGCCCCCGACCAUGGCACCCCGGUGGAGGAGACGCUGCGUGCCUGCAACGAGCUGCACAAAGAAGGAAAGUUUAAAGAACUCGGACUAUCAAACUACGCAGCAUGGGAGGUCGCAGAAAUCUGCACCAUCUGCAAAUACAACAACUGGCUGAUGCCAACUGUGUACCAGGGCAUGUACAACGCAACCACUCGCCAGGUGGAAGCUGAGCUGUUCCCUUGCCUGAGAUACUACGGGCUGCGCUUCUACGCCUACAACCCCCUGGCUGGAGGGCUGCUGACUGGAAAGUACAAGUAUGAGGAUAAAGACACGCGCCAACCCAUUGGAAGAUUUUUUGGGAAUGACUGGGCUCAAGCCUACAGGGACAGGUACUGGAAGAAGCACAAUUUUGAAGGAAUUGCCCUAGUAGAAAAAGCUCUGAAAGAUGCUUAUGGUUCCAACCCACCGAGCCUCACCUCUGCUGCUUUGCGUUGGCUGUACAAUCACUCCAAACUGCAGGGUUCUUUGGGAGACGCCGUUAUCAUCGGGAUGUCCAACUUGGAGCAGCUAGAGCAGAACCUCGACUACAGCGAAGAGGGGCCCCUGCUCCUGCCUGUCGUGGAGGCCUUUGACAAAGCCUGGAGCCUGACCGCGCACAACUGCCCCAACUACUUCCGCUAGACUGGGGUAGGGAAAAGAAAGUUGGUGCCACGAGCGGCUCAGCAGGAGUGUGGAAGCACAAGAGGUACUUGCCUAUGCUGCCCCUCUGAGUGAGGGGGCAGGCUGUGAUUUUUCCUGUAGUAAUGAAGCUUUGUAGGAUUCAUGUUCCUGUGCCUGCACUACUCCUUCAGCACUCGGUGCGUUGGGCCAUGCUUGGUACUUUCUCCCCUCAUAGAACUUUGCCUUUACACAGCACGUGCUGUAAUUGAAAGAUGCAGUUAAUAGAAAAUAAAGUACAUAACUGGGUGAAGGUUCUCGUACUGCUUUCAGUUAAUAAGGAGUCUUAAAUAAUUAUGUAAGAGAAUAAAGCGUUUUCCUAAUCCA